AUGGCAAAGGAACACGAGUUCGAGUUCUUUGGGCCCUGGCUGGGGCCGUUGGGCAUCGUCUUCGGCCUGCCCUUUGUGUGCUACGCUGCCGCAGUUGGCUCCGCUUUGGGACGGCUGCCGGACGUGCCGACGAUCAUGGGUGCGGUGGCUAAGGGAUGGCGCCCCACGCUGGGCACUGUCGCAGCCCUGGCCGGCUGGAUGGCGGUCACGGCAUGCCUGCACGUGGCGCUUCCCGGUCAGAUCUGCGAAGGGGCCGUGCUAGCUUCUGGAAAGAGGCUCACAUACAAAUUGAACGGCUUCAGGCUUCUUAUGUUGGUGUACCCCACGAUCUUCUACUUGGCAUUCUUCACCCCUUACUUGGACCUGGCAUGGGUGCAUGAUCACUGGCUGUCCAUCUUGUCUACUUCCAUCUUGCUCAGCUUCGCUCUGUCACUCGCCCUUUACAUUGCCUCUAGACGUGAAGGGACGCUGCUGGCAACGGGUGGGCAGACAGGCCACCUUUUUUACGAUUUCUUCAUCGGGGCCGAGCUGAAUCCCAGGAUUGGAAGCUUUGAUCUCAAGGAGUUCUGUGAGCUCUACCCAGGUCUGAUUGGCUGGGCGAUCAUAAACCUUGCAAUGGCCCACAAGCAGCUGCAGGUUCUCGGGCGAGUGACCAACUCCAUGGUUCUGGUGAACGCCUUUCAGCUGCUGUACGUGGUUGAUGGCCUGUGGUUCGAGAGGUCUAUCUUGACUACCAUGGACAUAACGACCGAUGGGUUUGGGUUCAUGCUGGUGUUUGGAGACCUUACUUGGGUUCCCUUCAUAUACUCCCUACAGGCAAGGUACCUGGCAUCAAAUCCACAGGACCUGUCACUCACCUAUUCUGCAUUGGUGAUGGCUCUGAACGUGCUUGGCUAUGCUGCGUUUCGCGGAGCAAACUCACAAAAGGAUCAGUUCCGACGUGACCCACAAGGGCCCUCUGUGCGGCAUCUGAAGACUCUCAAAACAGAAAGCGGACGCCAAUUGAUAGUGUCCAGCUGGUGGGGCACUGCGCGACACAUCAAUUACACAGGGGACUGGCUCAUGGGGCUUGCAUGGUGCAUGGCUUGUGGAUUUUCCUCCAUUGUGCCAUACUUCUACGCCGUGUAUUUUGCCACUUUGUUAGUGCACCGUGACAUACGAGAUGGGCAGAAUUGCCAGCUAAAGUAUGGAAGCGACUGGAAGAAGUACUGCUCAAUUGUUCCGUACCGUUUCAUUCCUUAUGUUUAUUGA